AUGACAUGCUCAGGGCCAGACGGCAGUGCAUUCGAAGGACCAUGGGAACAGGGCAUCUAUGCACCUUCUUCAAGGACAGUUCGUCCUAAGAAGAUUUUGUCCAUCACCAACUUGAGCCUAAACACGGCUUAUUCACAAGCAAUGCCGGCCACUCUCCAUGGCAAUGGGUCACUGGUCAUAUUCGACUUUGGUAUCGAAGUCGGCGGCAUCGUCACUCUGAAUUAUACCUCCUCAGGCAAUGGAGCAUUAGGUAUAGCGUUUACAGAAGCCAAGAACUGGAUAGGCGAGUGGUCAGAUUCGUCCAACGGCGCAUUCAAGGGUCCUGAUGGGGCACUGUACGCAAACUUCACGCGGGCUGGAAAGGGCUCGUAUACAAUGCCGAAUGAAGCCUUGCGUGGAGGGUUCCGAUACAUGACAGUGUUCCUGGUCACGAAUGAGUCUAUCAAGGUUCAGGUCGAAGAUGUGAGCUUGGAAAUUGGCUUCCAGCCUACGUGGUCGAAUCUGCGGGCCUACCAGGGCUACUUCCACUCGAGCGACAAGCUACUCAAUCGAAUCUGGUACAGCGGUGCCUACACACUCCAAACCAACUCGGUCCCAGUCAACACUGGUCGUCAAGUCCCAAUGCUGCAUAAUGGAUGGGCCAAUAAUGCAACUCUAGGCCCUGGUGAUACUAUCAUUGUCGACGGGGCUAAAAGGGACCGUGCAGUCUGGCCUGGUGAUAUGGGAAUUGCUGUUCCUUCGGCUUUUGUAAGUACAGGCGACUUGGAGAGUGUCAAGAAUGCUCUCCAGGUGAUGUACAACACGCAAAAUACGACGACAGGUGCUUUUGACGAAUCAGGGCCACCGCUCAGUCAGAAGAACUCGGAUACCUACCAUAUGUGGACGAUGAUCGGGACCUACAAUUACGUGCUAUUCUCCAAUGAUACCGACUUCCUUUCAACCAACUGGCAGAAAUACCAAGCCGCUAUGGACUUCAUCUAUGGAAAGGUGGAUAGAAAGUUGGGAUUACUGAUUGUCACUGGCACCCGCGAUUGGGCUCGAUGGCAACAGGGAUAUAACAACUCAGAAGCGCAGAUGAUCCUAUACCAUUCUCUGAAGACGGGAGCACAGCUGGCUGCUUGGGCAGAUAGCACGAGUUCUCUCGCAGACACGUGGAACACCAGAGCAGAGAAUCUCAAGAAGGCUAUUAAUCAAUACUGCUGGGACGAUGCUUAUGGGGCGUUCAAGGACAAUGCGACGGCCACGAGUCUUCAUCCCCAGGACGCAAAUAGCAUGGCAUUGCUUUUCGGCAUUGUCAACCAGACACGCGCAGCAGGUAUCUCCGAGAGGCUGACAGAUAAUUGGACCCCAAUCGGUGCAGUUGCGCCUGAGCUUCCCGAGAAUAUCUCGCCAUUCAUUUCAUCGUUCGAGAUCCAAGGUCAUUUUGCCGCCGGCCAGCCCACCAGAGCGCUCGAGCUCAUUCGGCGAAGCUGGGGGUGGUAUCUCAACAAUCCCAAUGGCACAGAGAGCACUGUCAUUGAGGGAUACCUCGCCAACGGCACAUUUGGCUACAGGUCCAGUCGCGGUUACUCAUAUGAUGCCUCCUAUGUCUCGCAUGCACAUGGGUGGUCUGCAGGGCCAACAUCUGCCCUGACCAUCUACGUCGUUGGUCUUUCCAUUACAUCGCCCGGAGGGAGGACUUGGAAAAUUGCGCCUCAGUUUGGCGAUCUCAAGUUUGCCGAGGCUGGAUUUACAACAGUCCUGGGGAAGUACAAGGCGUCGUGGAAGAGAAAUUUAAAGGGAUACACGCUGCAAUUCUCAGUUCCUCAGGGGACAACAGGAAACCUCACCUUGCCAUUUGUGACAAGUCCAAAGAAGCCUUCCAUCAAGAUUGAUGGACACGACAUCAAAAAGGGGUUGGUAUACGAAUAUGAAACCGCAACUAUCACAGUGACUGGAGGAGGAUCACACCAUGUAGUUGUUAGAUAG